CAAGGCAUGGGUAAAGCAAGAGAGGAGAGGAGAUAUGGAGUGAAAGAAAACAGAGAGAGCGAGCCAGUAUAAAUAAGAGGUAGAGAGGGAGAUUAACGAAGUGUGUUAAUUUUUACUGUAAAUGAGAACCAUGGUGUGUCCGGUGAGAAUUUUGGUAGUGGAGAGGAACGUCAAAGCUCACCCUUAUCUGAGAGGUGUGUGACAGCGAGUGUAUGAGGCGGUUCUGCAGACAUAGCAAAGAACAUCUGACCAUCCCAAACGCAGUCUGACCCUGAACCCCCCCAACUCCCAUCCCCACUUCCAUCUCUCCCUUUCCCUCACGAUGGCUGAGCCUCCAGAACCAGUGCACUUCCAGGGGGGCCAAGCAGCAGCAGAAGCAGCAGCACUCGGCUCUGAGCCAGGUGAGUCCACAGAGGUGGAGUGUCCCAUCUGCUACCACGAGUACAACCAAUGUGGCAAGUGUCCUCGCAUGCUGGAAUGCCUCCAUGUCUUCUGCACCGAGUGCCUUCAGAGAAUCCAGCUGUCCCCGUAUCCAGCUGAACCCGUGGACCCCCAGAGCCCUCGCAGCCCUGCCAUUUUCUGCCCCCUCUGCCGCCACCCCACCCUGCUGGAGACCGGCGACCCCCUCACCCUGCCCUGCAAUUCCCGCAUCCUGGCUCAACUACCCCCCAUGGCUUUCUGGACACCCGUGUCGAUGGCUGCCCACUUGGCCACCGUCACCCAGAGGGUGGUCCUCUCCCUGGAUACCAGCAGGGACGCCCGCUUCAUCAUCCUGCCCACAGUGAGCCUAAGGGUGGAGCAGAUGCACCCAAGCGAUAGGCCCCACGGUGGAGGUGUGGGCCUGGUGGGUGAGGUGCAGGUGCUGCAGCACCACAGGAGGACUUUGGCCGUGGUAUUCUGGGUGUUGUUUAUGAUGAUCUGCGUGGUGGGACUGGUGUUUGGGCCCAGGUUUUUCCGCAAUUGAGGGGAGAAGGAACCGAGGGCCCUGUCCCAAUACUUUUACAUGCAGCCUCCCUUCCUUUUGUCUUUCCUUGUUUCCUUCCCCCUUACUCAAGGAAGGAAGGAAGGGUGUAUUGUCAACAUAUUUGAAUAUGGCCUAAGAUCUAGACUGAACUACGGGCCUACAUCAAACGUAGCCUUGAAACAUCCUGUUAACUUCAAUUCAACUGUAAAUUACAUAUCUUUAAAAUAUAUAAAAGGUUGAGGCAUACAGCCUCAUAAUCACAUGUCUAGCUCUGUUAAUUGGUGUUGAGAAAAUUAUAUAUAGACAGUUCUGAGUUUUCCGCUAUGCACUGAUUUAGAGUUCCCUCUAGUGGUCUAAUCUAGGAGCGCCUAUUACAUUGGGGCGCCAGGUAGCCUAGUGGUUAGAGAGUUGGGCCAUUCAACAGCUUGCUUGUUUCGAAUCCCUGAUCCGAAUAGGAGAAAUGUCUUACGAUCUGCCCUUGAGCAAGGCACUUAACCCUAAUUGCUACAGGGUUGCGCAAUAAUGUCUGAUCCCUGGCCUUGACCCCACUCUCUGAGGGUGUCUCAGGGGAGUGGAAUUUCACACCAAGCACUUGUACAGGUUACCCACUAGUACAUGUGUGAAACAGGACAAAUAUAAGCAGCCACUAUUUGACCUUUGAUUGUAUUGGCUAUUUAUUAAAAUAUUUUCAUGUGUUUCA